ACCACGGUCUCGUGCUUAUAAACGGUGUCUUGUCUGCAGCAGAGAAGGCGGCUUGCAACAACAUUUGGUCUCCAGCGUUGGUCAGAGGGCUGUCCUUCUGGUUUGCCAGACUGAAUUUAACACACCAGUGAUCCCAGAAACCCUUAAAUGAAGGUAGGCAGCUUUCCUUUAGGGGGACCAUACGUGAGGAGACAAUGCGAGUGCACGUGCAUACCAAGUUUUGCCUCUUGUGCGUGCUCACCUUCAUCUUGCAUCAGUGCAACCACUGCCAUGGAGGGCACAGCCAUGACAGUGAUGGACAUCACCACGAUGAGCACAGCGAUCUGCAGAUUUCCAACGCUCCCUACGUAAGAGCUGCCACCGCGUCUCCAAACUCCAAAAGCCCCGCCACCUUAGAGGAGGAGCAGCGCUUCUACAUCCAGCAGUUGUUCAGGCGCUACGGUCAGAGGGACCGCUUAGAUUUCCAGGGAUUUCAGAGUCUGCUGUUUAGCUUGGGUCUGGGAGAAGUCAAGGUGGUUGAUGCAGAUCACGAGGAGCUGGGCCACGACCACGUAGCCCACCUCGACCUGCUGGAUCUGCAAGAGGGGCUGCACUCACACUCAUCUCCCAGUGAAGGCCACCGUCAUCACCAGCGCCAUGAUCAUUCCCAUCACAAACCACAUUCCCAAACUCACUCCCACACGGAGCAAAUCCCAACACGCUGCAGCCACACCACGGCCUCAAGUCCAGCUUCUGGUGAACCCGUAAAUCAUGGCCACAAUCAUACUCACCAUCACAGCGAGGCUGAGGAUAGUAACCAUCAACCUUCUGAUGAAGAGGUCCACCACAGGGACGUGUCCUCUCACUCUCAUGGUCACCACGAGCAUGACCUUCAUCACAUUAAUACAGGCAAAGAUGCGUCCUCCACCCGCCUGCAACCGUCGUCUCCAGUCCCGACGGGGAGUCGACCUAAAAGGCCCAGAAAGCAGCCAAAGGUCAGAGGUCAGCAAGGGCCAAACAAGUCCCCAACCCCUGACACACCUCCACCUGAUGACCAUGACCACAGUCAUGACCCUCAUCACAAACAUGGCCACGCUCAUAAAGAGAAGAGAGAGGCUCCGGGGGCUCUGGUCACGCCUCUCCCUGUGAACUCCAGACAUGCAGGUGGACUGUCUCACCAGCAUGAGGAGUGCUUGAACCUCACCCAGCUCCUCUCCUACUACGGCCUGCACCCUGAAGCCCUCAUCUCCCCCAGCCAGUUCACCUACCUGUGCCCGGCCCUACUGUACCAGAUAGACAGCCGUGUCUGUAUCCGCCAUUACCACCAGAUGGAGGUGGAGCAGGAGGCCCUGGAGUCCGUCAGCUCUGUGUGGGUCUGGACGUGGGGCUUUGUUUCCAUCACCGUCAUCAGCCUGCUGUCUCUGCUUGGCGUGGUUCUGGUGCCAAUCCUCAAACAAUCCUGCUUCAAGUUCCUGCUCACCUUCCUGGUGGCGCUGGCAGUGGGCACGCUCAGUGGUGACGCGCUUCUUCACCUGCUGCCUCACUCUCAAGGACAGCACGACCACAGCCAGCACGAGGCAAACAAUAACACUGAUCUGGUGACAGCCUUUGAUGGAGUGUGGAAGGGGCUCACCGCAUUGGCUGGCAUCUACCUCCUCUUCAUCAUCGAACACUGUAUCGGCAUGUUUAAGCACUACAAAGACCAGAGGGGCGGGAAGAAGGUGAGUGAAGUGGGUAAGAUUGGCAGGAAGCUGUCAGAUCACACGUUAAAUCGGCGCUCUGAUGCAGAGUGGCUCAACCUGAAGCCCCUCGGCGAAGACCCAGAAAGCUCAGCGGUCUCCUGUGACAGCGGCCACAACGACACGCAGCUCACGGAGCUCCAGACGCCAGACUCUCCCACCAAUAAGACGCCGCUGGCGCUCUCAAACCCCCAACAGUCCCCCGCUAAGGAGAACGGCCACAAAACCAAGAAGCACAGACACUCGCACGGCCACGGACACUCUCAUGGAGGAAACUGCCAUUCGGACCAGGAGAUGAAGGAUGCCGGGAUAGCCAGCAUCGCCUGGAUGGUCAUCAUGGGAGAUGGCAUGCAUAACUUCAGCGAUGGACUCGCCAUAGGUGCUGCGUUUAGUGCUAAUCUGACGGGCGGCAUCAGUACCUCAGUGGCUGUUUUCUGCCACGAAUUACCUCAUGAACUCGGUGACUUUGCAGUGCUGCUAAAAGCCGGGAUGAGUGUGAAGCAGGCCAUUGUCUACAAUCUGCUGUCUGCCCUCAUGGCUUAUGUUGGCAUGAUAAUUGGCACAGCUGUGGGCCAGUACACCCACAAUGUCACCAACUGGAUCUUCGCCAUCACGGCGGGCAUGUUCCUUUAUGUGGCUCUGGUGGACAUGCUGCCGGAGAUGCUCCACGGGGACAGCGAGGACCACAAGCGCUGCCAUCUUGGACACUUUAUCCUGCAGAACGUGGGCAUGCUGACUGGGUUCGGCAUCAUGCUGCUAAUCGCCAUCUUUGAAGACCGUAUCGUUUUUGAUUUUGGGUUUUAGAUGGGGAGAGGAGGUGAAGCGGAGGAGAGCUGGAUGUAUCCGUGUUGCUCUCGGCCUUUACACGCUAUGUUUGUAAUGUAACAACACCCCAUUUUGCAUGCAUCGUGUCUCGUUUCAAACCUUCAGCUCAUCCCCGUGAAGCUGUGCUGCAACCAGGAAACACCCCCUCUGCUGCCAAACUAAACACAGAAAGACUCGCAGAGGCUGAGGAGGCGUGGGGCGUAUGCUCCUUGGAAGAGGCGGCUGUCACGCCCAGCAGCCCACCGUCUAUCCAUCAUCAGCCAUCGUUAACGCGUCCCCCGCGUCCUCGUCUCUCAUCCACCCCGCUCUGCUUCACGUCACCCGCGCCUCGUACAUCUGUUGUGUGUGUUCCACCUGCCAUCUAUCACCACCUUUUGGUGUCAUCACGCAGUGAAUGAAACACCUUUGUGCCAAGCGCCGGCCACUGGAGCAGCGCCGCGGCUUCACGUCACACUGCUCUCCCUCAGACGCUCGGCCCACGCACUGCUGCACCUGGAAGAAACCUUCAAACUUGCAGCAAACAUUUGACAGCUGCAGUGUUGAAAUGCAAAAGCGCUCCCCUGACUUUAUAUGUGGGAAAUUUACUUUUUAUUUAGGCACAGCAGCUAGAACUGCUUCCAAAACCUUUAAACAUUAGCUUUUUUGUUUAAUUUCCUGAGAAUUCAUGAGUCCUAAAUGCUGGACCGUGCUUUUGACAGCGUGCUUUUAGACGUCUCUGUCAACCUCAAACUGUGAAAUGAGACCUAACUCGUCUUCUGCAUCACAAAGUGUUCUAGUUUACUAGAGUUCAUAGGGUGCUUGAAUCAAACCGUCCUGCAGCAGACUCCCAUUUGGGAGAUUCAGUUGUCACACUGGUGCUGAUGAUUUAUGCACAGAGGUGACCUGAAGUCUGCAGAGUGUCAGUAUUUAAGCAGCUAGAAGCAGUUUUCAGCUCCGAUUGCACGGUAGUGUUAUCAGCCUCUCUUCCUGACAAUCCUUCCUCCCACGUGAGACGUGAUGGCGUCAGACCAGAGCACAACCUUUAUUAAUCGGCGCCAUUUUGAAAGCAUUCCUCUGUCUUUGGGAGCACAGGCACUCGUCCGACUGAGCGGUGAUUAUUCCGUGGCUGGUGCUUGACGCCGCCCUCCCUCUUCCUGACAUUCCAUUUGCUGAGAAGCUCACGUGCAAGGCUAGCUAAGGUAGCGUUAGCCGCUGGAGCCCACAUCCGUGUGGGUGUGGCUUCAUUUAUCCUGUCACUAUGUGACGACCAUUUCCUGUGCUUUAACUGGCUGUAGAUCACCGUCAGCCUCAUGCCAUUGACUCAGUCGUGAAGCAUGAAUGUACCGCUGCCGACAUUCUGUGUUGUGGAAAGCUGCCCGAUGUUUGUGUCCUGUAACUGUGAGGAUUAUGGGAUGUUUUGGGGCGUGGUGUCCCUGGUGUUACGAGCCUGAUUCUGUCAGGAAGCACAAAACUCAUCAGGUGUCCUCUUGCGGGAUAUUUUUUUAUUUCCUCAAAAACUUGCCGUGCCCUUGUCGAACAGCAGGCACUGAGUUGUUUUUACUUUAACGCGGACUUUUUCCUCUUAAACAAACGUAAUCACCAGCAAAAUGGCUUCUUAGUUUUCAGUCGUUAAAUCAAACGGACACUAUGCCCCAAAAACGAAGAUUCUCACAGUUUGUCAAAAAGAACAAAUGCCAAUAAUCCUUUUUUUGCUUCAUGUGUUUGUUUUGUGAUCAGAUUGUAAAUGUGACAUCAGUGCUGCCUGUUUCUUCAUUCUCUCUGAUGGAAAUAAACUUUACAGAAGAGGAAAGCCAGACUCUGA